AUGACCUACCAGACCAUGGCGCAGAUCUUCAUGGGUCUCGCGCAGGUCGGCGCCUGGGGGUGCUUCGACGAGUUCAACCGCAUCUCAAUCGAGGUGCUGUCGGUGGUCUCGACGCAGUACAAGACCAUCCUGGACGCCAUCCGCGCCGGCGCCAAGAGCUUCCUGUUCAUGGAGGAGGACAUCCGCCUCGUCAGGACGGUCGGAGCCUUCAUCACCAUGAACCCCGGGUACGCGGGCCGCACCGAGCUGCCCGAGAACCUCAAGGCGCUCUUCCGCUCCGUGGCGAUGAUCGUCCCCGACCUGCGCUUCAUCUGCGAGAACAUGCUGAUGUCAGAGGGCUUUAUUAUCGCCCGGCCCCUCGCGCACAAGUUCGUGACGCUCUACUCGCUCUGCAGGGAGCUCCUCUCCAAGCAGAUGCACUACGACUGGGGCCUGCGCGCCGUGAAGUCGCUGCUGCGCCAGGCGGGCUCCCUGAAGCGCCAGGAGCCCGAGGCUGACGAGAACGUGGUGCUCUGCCGGGCUCUCCGCGACUUCAACGUGCCGAAGAUCACGACGCAGGACAUGCCGAUCUUCCUGCGCCUGAUCCAGGACUGGACCUAUUCCCUGGCAUCAACCCCGAGCCGUUCCAGGACCUCAAGUUCGAGAAGGUCUGCGCGGACAUCAUCCGGAAACGCAAGCUGCAGGCUGACCCCGGCUUCGUCCAGAAGGUGCAGGGACUGCUGGACAUCCUGCACGUCCGGCACUGCUGCUUCAUCAUCGGCCCCACUGGCUGCGGUAAGACCGAGUGCUGGAUGUCGCUGA